AAAAAUGGCAAUUUCACUCUUCACUGUGAGGAAAGAUGGAGCAGCCAAAGAGAUAUGAUUUCCCGGAUGCUGAGUAGAUCACUCGAAGAACGUCCCACCAUUGAAGAAGCUCUUCAGGCAUUCAUGUGUUUGGCACAUCAACCUGAUUAUACUGCAACCAUGAACAACGGUGGAUGUGAGAAUCAAAAUAAAGAUGGACCCCCUUCAACAAAUUCCUGCCCUGAAACCUUUAAUGACAUGAACAUUCCAGAGAGUUUGGUCACAGAUCUGCCUGGCAUCACUGCCAGUAACCCGCUGCCUUCAUCUCUGCCGACAGAAGAGGAAUUUUCUGAGUGUGAAAUGAAUACUGAAGAACAAGUUUCCCCUGCUCUGGAAAUGUCAGAUCAAGAAAUGAAUGAUGACCCACAAUCGGAGGAAGAAGAAACUACAAAAACUGAAGUAAUCCACAGAAAACCAUCUUCUAAAACUGAGCAGCACUCAAAUGGCAGUAACUCUCAACAAUGUAAGAUCACAGUAAAAAUGUCUUCAAACACUGCCCAUCAACGUAUCUAUGACAAGAAGAAUUAUUGUCUUUUCUGUGAGAAGCCUUAUGCAAAAAUUACAAGACAUCUGAAGCAGAAGCAUUCAGACCAACCUGAUGUGGCCAAGGCACUCGCACACAGGAAAGGAUCAUCAAUGCACAACUUGCUAUUGGCCAAAGUAGCAAACAUGGGAAACUAUCAGCACAACUGUUCUGUCCUGUCCUCUGGGGAAGGACAAAUCAUCCCAAAAAGGCAAGCAACCCAUCAAUCAGCUGGAACCAACUACCUACCUUGCAAGUUUUGUUUUGCUAUGUAUGUCAAGACAGAUCUCUGGAGGCAUUAUAAGCGUUGCAAACUCCGGUCAAAAGGAGACAUGGUCACAAGAAAAGUUCAGGCAAGUUCUUCCAUGAUGUUGCCCAUGGAUAUUGCGAUUUCCAUUGGACUUCAGAGGGUUCUCCAGGACAUGUCAUAUGACAAUGUAUCUCAGUUAGUAAAGGCAGACUCCCUUAUUAUUUCACUGGGUGAGAGAAUGUACCUCAGAAACGGAGAAGUUGGACGACAUCAAGCAGACAUCAGAAAUAAGAUGAGGGAACUUGCCAGACUUGUUCUGAUGGCAAGAAACAUUGACAAGGAUGUUGUUUUUUUGAAAGACUUGAUCUGUCCAGGAAAAUUCAACACAGUCCUUGAGGCUGUAAAAGAGAUGACUGGGAGAGGCACUGCGUCAACAGAAUGUUGA